AUUUUCUUUGACGUUCGACCUUCCUUGUCCUCCUCCGUGGGUACCCCGACAUGUAGCGUUUCAGUCUGGGCAGGGUCAGCCUGGUGUCUCUCUGUAAGUGGGUCUAAUCAAGGAUUCUUGCUCGUCCGGCACACCUAUGCGGCAAUGGGGCAAGACAGGGUUUGCAACGUCCUUUCGAGAAACAUGAAUACAAUCGGCCCCGUCGAUAUGUGGUGAGACUGGCGGGCUUGAGCUAAGGUGCUAUGAAGUUCGUCGCCACACCUGGCUCUUCACCCUGGGGCGCUCAGGAUCAGUGCUAUAUGAUGGUGCCGAUGGAGGCCGCCGGAGCGGAGCAGCAGGAUUGCGGCGGGUGGAACGUCGACCCGAACGUCGCGCUCAGCGUCUCGGAUUGCUGGGCGCCUGACCAGUCCUGGGGAUAUUAUUUCCCCGUCGAGGAAGAGGAGGGCAAGGCACUCGCCAACGGCAGUGCCUCCAGCACCGACGAGGGCGAGGCGGCGUCGGACUCGCAGGAGGAGAGCGAGAAGUCCGCCGCUGAGGAAGCCCUUGAGAAUUGCAAGGAGUGCGACGACGGCGAGAAUGGCAAGUACAUCCGCAAGCUGAGCCAUGCCAACGUGCCCAAGAACACCGACAUGGCCAGAUUCGCCGAGAAGGUGGAGAAGGACAAGGUGACGACGCUCAUGGUCCGCAACAUACCCAACAUGUACACGCGGAGCAUGCUCGUCGAGGAGAUGGACAGCUUGGGCUUCGAAGGCGAGUACGACUUUAUUUACCUGCCGAUCGACAAGAGCACUCAGUGGAAUGUCGGGUACGCAUUUGUUAACUUCAAGACGUCAGACGCGGCCAAGCGGUGCGUCACGG